CCCACAUGAGCUCAACUAGUUGAGAAUCACAACUACUGGGCUCCAAAUUAACCCUGCUUACCACCUACCCCUUCAUAUUAGUCACUCACCCAUUUCAUAGAUAAGCGGCUGCUGUGAAAUGACACUGUUUUCGGGUAAGAAAAUUUUAAGGUUUGGAGACAGACAGCCCUGAGGUUGAAUUCUGAAUAGGGAGGUUUUUCCUCCUGUGGGUUUUUCUUUUGGUUUCCUCCAUUCUUGGGUGGGCAUAAUGUUUUCAUCCUAGAAGUGGCCAUAGGGGUUAAACUCAGCCUGGAAAGGGAGAGAGGCCCCAGGGAGGUAAGGACCCGCCCUGGGCCACCCAGCUUGGCAGGGUGCAAUAAAAGAGCUCUGGUGGAGGAGCCGGGCCAGAUUGCCUAUCUCUGUGCUAUAUCAGUGUCGAAUUUCUUUAUUUGAAUGGGGAGAGAGGGCAGCCUCCCUCUCUGCAGGUAGAGAAGGUGCUGUGGAAUGUGGCUGUUUGUUUUUCUUUGCCAGUGAAAGCCUUAUUUCAGCUCACUUGGCUGUACAGGGCUUCUGAGACACAAGAUGUUCUUUGGGGUGCCUAGCCAAAGUGGACACUGAGAGGGCACCCACCGACCGAGUGGGAACUGGGAAGCAUCAUCCUUCUGCCUGCUCCAAUGAGGCCUCCUGGUCCCCUUCAUCUCCAUAUCUCCUGGCAGACUCUAGGUUGCUUAGAAAGCCAAGGCAGCCUUCCUGACAAACAAAUCUUGUUCACACGGAGAGGGGGAGACUAGCUGAGUCUAUCUGGUCUUCUUUCUCUACUAAAGCAUUGCCCACCCAACUGGCACCCUUUAUUCUGAGACUCCUUGAAGGGGCACCAGUGUCAUCGUCAUUUGUCAAGCCAUCAAACUGAGAGCCCCUUGUACUAAGGAAGUGGAUUCGAGAAACCACGGGGUGAUCAUGAGGCAGGGCUUUCUGCAAUGGCUGCCCCUCUUUCCCUUCCGCCCCUCCUCUUCAGCUCGCUGGCGGCUUGGAGAGGAAGCCCUGCCGGCAGGUAGCAGAGAAAAGACAUAGGAUCCAGGGGGGAGUCGCAGUGAAAGCAAACAAACAGGCCUUUGUGUGGCUUCAGAUUGGCGGCUCAGAAGGGAAGCCAGGCCUGUGGUAGGCGAGAGAGGGAGGAGGUAUGGGAGGUCGAGCCGUAGAUGGUUUGUGGGUAGCUAGAGCUGGAUGACGAGGCCCAUUCCUUGUAGACAGGCAAAAAGCUUGGGCCCUGCCUCUUGACUUCUGAACAGAUCUAACGGAUUCACUCCCUGGAACUAUCACACCCUUAGGACUGCUGUGGGCCUAGCCAGUGUCGGGCUCCUAUUCCACUUUGCUGCUUGUGGCUGCUAGGAAGAAGUGGAGUAGUAGGGAGGGAAUCAUGGCCACCAGGGAGGACAGACUUUUCAGAACCAGAAACACGGCGGGAAUUCCAGUAGGGAGGCAGCCUUGUGGAGCAGGAAGGUUUACUGUGCAGUGACAGGCAGUGGGUGUCGGUAGGUAGAGAUGUUAUCUCAAGCCCCCAUGACUAGGAGCCAAAUUUCCCUAUCACUGGUGCAGGCCACCAACCAGGUUGGGGGCAUAGGCCCGAAGACCGGUUUCCUCGCAGACCGUGUGAGGGGUCAUCUUGGGUAGUAUUGGUAGUGGAGCUGUAUUCAUUAUCCUAGUGAGGACACCCGCACCAGCCCAGACAGGCUGCUCAGACCAGGACCCAAGUCUACUGAGGUGCGGUCCGGCCAGACGAUGAUCAGGCUGCUGCGUGGUUGCUCCGGGGCCAUUUCCUCUCCUCUCCACGACCUCGAAACGGGCGGCGGGAGGGCAGACGCCCGCGCUUCCUGCCCGCCAUCCCGCGGCGCCCCCCUAAGCGGCGUUCCACCCGGGAGGUGCACGGGGCGGGGUGGGGUGGGGCGGGCACUGAGUCGCCAUGGCAGCGCCUGGCCCGUCAUGCUCCGCGCUGCUGGGACCGUCAGCCAAGGCCCCGCCCCUGGCAGAGCGGGGCCCCUUUCCGGGAAUGCAAAGCCGGAGGCGUGGCUUCCAGACCUGCGAAGUGCAGUCUUAGCCACCCAAGCCCUCUGAAGUGGGCCUUGGAGGAUCUCAGCUGCUAGAUGGAUUGCACUGGAAAGGCUUCUAAGACUGAGGGUGGAAAGCGUCCUAGACAGAAGAAUGCUGAAUUUGCAUUAUGAGUGGCAGCUAAAUUCAACAGAUGGAAAAACCAUAGACUACCCCUUGCCUGGCACAGGGGCAUCAAGAGUAGCACCAGAUCCUCCCUGGGCACUCCCACCACCGUCAAUGUGUGCUGUCGAAAAGGAUCUCAUCUGGCGGUCGGGUACUGGAAAAAGAGAGAGGGAGAGCGCACCGUUGCAGAGAGAAGGCAAGAGAAAAGGGAGACUGCGAGACGCGCCACGCCGGCGCCCCAAGACCCAGGAGGAGCCCGCAGCAGUUAGGUUGUGCUGGGGAUUCUCCCCUCCCUUUUGCUCUACAAUGCCUUGGUGAGCGGUCACGGCGACCGAGCUACUGGUGGAAGAAUUGGGGCUGAGAUGUCGCGGCGGGUGGCCGCAGAUGGGGAUGCUGGAGAAGGAAGGAGUUCACCUCAAGUUCGCAGUCUGUGUCGGGAAGCUGGUCCGGCCUGGGAGGGCGUUUCAAGCACCGGUCCUACUAUAACCAGCCCGAGUCAUGCAGUCUUUUCGAGAAAGGUGUGGUUUCCAUGGCAAACAGCAAAACUACCCACAAACCUCACAGGAGACAUCGCGCCUGGAGAACUACAGGCAGCCGGGUCAGGCUGGGCUAAGCUGUGAUCGGCAGCGGCUGCUGGCCAAGGACUAUUACAGCCCUCAGCCCUAUACAGGCUAUGAGGGUGGCACUGGUACACCUUCUGGCACAGUGGCCACAGCACCUGCAGACAAGUACCACCGAGGCAGCAAAUCCCUGCAGGGGAGACCAGCUUUCUCCACCUAUGUUCAAGACAGCAGCCCCUACCCAGGGCGCUACUCCAGCGAGGAGGGUCUUCAGACCUGGGGGGGCCCACAGCCACCACCUCCUCAGCCACAGCCUCUGCCAGGGCCAGUGAGCAAAUAUGAGGAGAACUUGAUGAAGAAGACAGUGGUGCCUCCAAACAGGCAGUACCCUGAGCAGGGCCCCCAGCUUCCCUUCCGGACUCACAGCCUGCAUGUCCCACCACCACAGCCUCAGCAGUCCCUGGCUUACCCCAAACUCCAAAGGCAGAAACCACAGAAUGACCUUGCCUCCCCUCUGCCCUUCCCCCAGGGCAGCCACUUUCCCCAGCAUUCCCAGUCCUUCCCUACCUCCUCCACUUAUGCCCCAACAGUGCAGGGUGGCGGGCAGGGGGCCCACUCAUACAAGAGCUGCACAGCACCAUCUGCCCAGCCUCAUGACAGGCCGAUGAGUGCCAAUGCGAGCCUGGCUCCAGGGCAACGGGUCCAGAAUCUUCACGCUUACCAGCCGGGCCGCCUUAGCUAUGAGCAGCAGCAGCAAGCACUUCAAGGCCGGCACCACACCCAGGAAACACUCCACUACCAGAACCUCGCCAAGUACCAACACUAUGGACAGCAAGGCCAGGGCUACUGUCCGCCGGACACAGCUGUCAGGACUCCAGAACAGUAUUACCAGACCUUCAGCCCGAGCUCCAGCCACUCCCCUGCACGGUCUGUGGGUCGCUCCCCUUCUUAUAGCUCCACCCCGUCACCCCUGAUGCCCAAUCUGGAGAACUUCCCCUAUAGCCAGCAGCCGCUUAGUACUGGGGCCUUCCCCACAGGCAUCACUGACCACAGCCACUUUAUGCCCCUGCUCAACCCAUCCCCAACAGAUGCUGCCAGUUCUGUGGACCCCCAGGUCAGCAACUGCAAGCCCCUGCAGAAGGAGAAGCUCCCUGACAACUUGCUGUCAGAUCUCAGCCUGCAGAGUCUCACAGCGCUCACCUCCCAGGUGGAAAACAUCUCCAACACUGUGCAGCAGCUCUUGCUGUCCAAAGCCGCCAUGCCACAGAAGAAGGGGGUCAAGAGCCUUGUGUCCAGGACUCCAGAGCAGCACAAAAGCCAGCACUGUAGCCCUGAGGGCAGUGGCUACUCAGCUGAGCCAGCAGGCACACCGCUGUCUGAGCCGCCAAGCAGCACACCACAGUCCACUCAUGCUGAGCCACAAGAUGCUGACUACCUGAGUGGCUCUGAGGACCCGCUAGAGCGCAGCUUUCUCUAUUGCAGCCAGGCCCGGAGCAGCCCUGCCAGGGUCAACAGCAACUCUAAGGCUAAGCCGGAGUCUGUGUCCACCUGUUCUGUGACCUCACCUGAUGACAUGUCCACUAAGUCUGACGACUCUUUCCAGAGCCUGCACAGUACUCUGCCACUGGACAGCUUCUCUAAAUUUGUGGCAGGCGAGCGGGACUGCCCGAGGCUGCUGCUCAGUGCCCUGGCACAGGAAGAUCUGGCCUCUGAGAUCCUGGGACUACAGGAAGCCAUUGUUGAGAAGGCGGACAAGGCCUGGGCUGAGGCUUCCAGCCUGCCCAAGGACAAUGGCAAGCCACCCUUCUCACUGGAGAACCAUGGCACCUGCCUGGACACUGUGGCCAAGACUUCAUGGUCACAGCCAGGGGAGCCAGAGACCCUACCUGAGCCCUUGCAGCUGGACAAGGGUGGCAGCACCAAGGACUUCAGUCCGGGGCUGUUUGAAGACCCUUCUGUGGCCUUUGCCACCACUGACCCGAAGAAAACAACCAGCCCCCUGUCCUUUGGCACCAAGCCUUUGCUUGGUACUGCCACUCCUGACCCCACUGCAGCAGCGUUUGACUGCUUUCCAGAUACACCCACUGCCAGCUCAGUGGAUGGUGCCAACCCCUUUGCCUGGCCAGAGGAAAACCUGGGUGAUGCUUGUCCUCGUUGGGGCCUCCACCCUGGUGAGCUUCCCAAGGGCUUGGAGCAGGGUGCAAAAGCCUCGGAUAGCGUGGGCAAGCCAGAUGUACACGAGACCUCUGCCUGCAUGGGCUUCCAGGAAGAGCAUGCCAUUGGGAAGCCAGCAGCUGCACUGUCUGGGGAUUUCAAGCGGCAGGAGGCAGAGGGGGUAAAAGAGGAAGUAGGUGGGUUGCUGCAGUGCCCCGAGGUGGGCAAGGCUGACCAGUGGCUGGAGGAGAGCCGGCACUGCUGCUCCUCCACUGACUUUGGGGACCUGCCACUGUUGCCGCCCCCUGGCAGGAAGGAGGACCUGGAAGCUGAAGAGGAGUACUCUUCUCUGUGUGAACUGCUGGGGAGCCCUGAGCAGAGGCCCAGCCUGCAGGACCCAUUGUCCCCCAAGGCCCCACUGAUCUGCACCAAGGAGGAAGCAGAGGAGGUGCUAGAUGCCAAGGCUGGCUGGGUCUCUCCAUGUCACCUCUCUGGGGAGCCUGCUGUCCUACUGGGCCCCUCUGUGGGUGCCGAGUCAAAGGUCCAGAGCUGGUUUGAAUCUUCUCUGUCACAUAUGAAACCAGGAGAAGAAGGGCAAGAGAUGGAGAGAGCUCCAGGUAGUUCUGGCACUUCACAAGGCUCCUUGGCCCCAAAGCCUAACAAGCCUGCUGUACCUGAGGUGCCCAUUGCUAAGAAAGAGCCUGUGCCACGGGGUAAAAGUUUACGGAGCCGGCGAGUACACCGGGGGCUGCCUGAGGCUGAAGACUCUCCGUGCAGGGUGCCAGCACUUCCCAAAGACCUCGUGCUCCCAGAGUCCUGCACUGGGCCCCCACAGGGACAGGCAGAAGGGGCUGGAGCCCCAGGCCGGGGGCUGUCAGAAGGGCUCCCCAGAAUGUGCACCCGCUCUCUUACAGCUCUGAGUGAGCCCCAGACUCCUGGACCUCCAGGCCUGACUACCACCCCCACACCUCCUGACAAACUGGGAGGUAAACAGCGAGCUGCCUUCAAGUCUGGCAAGCGGGUAGGAAAACCAUCCCCCAAGGCUGCAUCCAGCCCCAGCAACCCUGCUGCCCUGCCCGUUGCCUCAGAGAGCAGCCCCAUGGGCUCCAAAACCAAGGAGCCAGACUCUCCCAGCAUGCCUGGCAAGGACCAGCGUUCCAUGGUCCUCCGGUCUCGCACCAAACCCCAGCAGGUCUUCCAUGCCAAGCGGCGGCGGCCCUCAGAUAGCAGGAUCCCAGACUGUCGUGCCACCAAGAAGCUCCCUGCUAACAACCACUUACCCACUCCAUUCAAGGUCUCCAGUGGGCCCCAGAAGGAAGGGCGGAUGAGCCAGCGGGUCAAAGUACCCAAGCCUGGUACAGGGAGCAAGCUUUCAGAUAGGCCUCUACACUCACUCAAAAGGAAGUCGGCUUUCAUCGCACCGGUCCCCACCAAAAAGCGGAGCCUCAUCCUGCGAAGCAACAAUGGAAGUGGGGGAGAUGUGAGGGAGGAGAGGGCUGAGAGCUCCCCUGGCCUCUUAAGGAGGAUGGCCUCACCUCAGAGGGCUAGACCCAGGGGCAGUGGAGAGCCACCCCCACCCCCACCCUUAGAGCCACCUGCUGCAUGCAUGGGGUUGGCUACACAAUCAUCCCUGCCCAGUGCUGUGAGGACCAAGGUGCUGCCGCCUCGAAAAGGCCGCGGCCUCAAGCUGGAGGCCAUAGUGCAGAAGAUCACCUCACCUGGUCUCAAGAAACUUGCAUGUAGAGUGGCAGGGGCCCCUCCUGGGACACCCCGGAGCCCAGCCCUACCUGAGAAACGUUCAGGGGGCAGUCCAGCUGGGGCAGAAGAGGGUUUAGGAGGAAUGGGUACAGGACAAACGCUACCAGCAGCUUCAGGAGCUGACCCAUUGUGCAGAAACCCAGCCAGCAGGUCCCUAAAAGGUAAACUCUUGAAUAGUAAGAAGCUGUCCUCUGUUGCUGACUGCCCCAAAGCUGAGGCCUUCAUGUCCCCAGAGACCCUGCCAUCCCUAGGGACUGCCCGGGCACCGAAGAAAAGGAGCCGGAAAGGCAGGACUGGGGCCUUGGGACCCUCCAAAGGCCCAUUGGAGAAGCGGCCCUGUCCCGGCCAGGCUCUGCUCCUUGCUCCCCAUGACAGGGCCAGCAGCACUCAGGGCGGAGGUGAGGACAACUCCAGUGCAGGAGGCAAGAAGCCAAAGACAGAGGAGCUGGGACUGGCCUCCCAGCCUCCCGAAGGCCGGCCCUGCCAGCCCCAGACUCGGGUACAGAAGCAGCCGGGCCAAGCCAGCUCUAGCAGCUAUUCAAAGCGGAAGCGCCUCAGCCGUGGCCGGGGAAAGACCACCCAUGCUUCUCCCUGUAAAGGACGUGCCACUCGGAGAAGGCAGCAGCAGGUACUGCCCCUGGAUCCUGCAGAGCCUGAAAUCCGACUCAAAUACAUUUCCUCUUGCAAGAGGCUGAGGGCAGACAGCCGCACCCCAGCCUUCUCGCCCUUUGUGCGGGUGGAGAAGCGAGAUGCGUACACCACCAUAUGCACUGUUGUCAACUCCCCAGGGGAUGAGCCGAAACCUCACUGGAAGCCAUCCUCCUCUGUUGCCUCCUCCUCCACCUCCUCCUCCUCCUUAGAACCAGCUGGGGCUUCUCUGAUCACAUUCCCUGGAGGCUCUGUGCUGCAGCCGAGGCCCUCCCUGCCCCUCUCCUCCACCAUGCAUCUGGGGCCUGUGGUGUCCAAGGCCCUAAGUACCUCUUGCCUUGUCUGCUGCCUCUGCCAAAACCCAGCCAAUUUCAAGGACCUUGGGGACCUCUGUGGCCCCUACUACCCUGAACACUGCCUCCCAAAAAAGAAGCCAAAACUCAAGGAGAAGGUGCGGUUGGAGGGCACCUUGGAGGAGGCCUCUCUGCCUCUCGAGAGAACACUCAAAGGCCUGGAAUGUUCAGCCAGCACUACGGCUGCCACCCCUACCACAACCACCAUCACUACCACCACAACCCUGGGGAGACUUUCCAGGCCUGAUGGCCCAGCUGACCCUGCCAAGCAGGGCUCCCUGCGCACCAGUGCCCGGGGCCUGUCACGGCGGCUGCAGAGUUGCUAUUGCUGUGACGGUCAGGGGGACGGGGGUGAGGAGGUGGCCCCAGCUGACAAGAGCCGCAAACAUGAAUGCAGCAAAGAGGCCCCUACAGAACCUGGUGGGGACACCCAGGAACACUGGGUGCAUGAGGCCUGUGCUGUGUGGACCAGCGGGGUGUACCUGGUGGCCGGGAAACUCUUUGGGCUCCAGGAGGCCAUGAAGGUAGCUGUGGACAUGCCAUGUACCAGCUGUCAUGAAGCCGGAGCGACCAUCUCGUGCUCCUAUAAAGGAUGCAUCCAUACCUACCACUACCCAUGUGCCAAUGACACAGGUUGCACGUUCAUUGAGGAGAAUUUUACUUUGAAGUGCCCCAAACAUAAGAGGCUGCCGUUGUAAUCCGUGUGGCCGAGACUCCGAGGAAGAGGAGCUGCGCCCACAGCCGGUCCUUGAUCCCAUCCCAGGUCUAGGUUCCGGCUGCCUUGGGCGCUGGCGUGAGGCCUAGGUUGCGAAGAAAACCGGGGCCAGGCUUGGCAAAGGCAGGCCAGGGAGUGGCCAGACCCAGGGCACAAGGUCUUGGGUGGGGUGCAAGUCCCCUGCAAGUUCUGAAAAAGACGUGGCAUGCAAGCUGUGCCCCUGGGAAGAGGCUGCUGGCUCAGUGGACGACGUGGGGCAGACCCAAGCCUUCCUUAGAGGCCCAGCAGUGGGGACCACGGCCCAGCACUUGGCAUGGAUCUGCCCAGGAUCGUGGCAGGCCUGGGCUCAGGCCAUUCUAUCCCUGAUAAGGGCUGGCCUGGGGUGGUGCCCUGUGGCUUCUGUUUGUCCCCUUUCCGGUCUUCCACCCUACUGUUGGAACCCAGUCUGGAAGCCUGAGGAGACUGGGCCUGGCUCCCCUCUAGCAGAUGUGCAGCUGUCCCAGACAAAACACCAACAUGGGAUUCAGGGACUGCCACUCAGCUUACUCGGCUCAUGGGUGGAGACAGUGCUAGAUUCGUGUACAAACCUGUGUACCCCUCUAUAUAUAUGUCACAUAGAAUGUAUAUAUGUUGGGAACAUGCUCGCUUCUGUGUGUCGCUGCUGUGUGUCGUGUGCUGCACAGCACAGAGCCCUAACCUGGCCUUGACCGGGGUCGGGGCUGAAGUGUUGCCCCAUCCCCGAGCAGCUACCACCAUCACCACCACGGCCAGCCCCCACCUGUCCGUUUGUGUUCUCAGCUCUGUCCACGCUUCAAUAGGCCUGAUGCAGCCCCUUUCCCCUGCAACUUUCUGUACAUAUGACUGUAAAAUGGUAAACGUGUGUAUUAUAUCUGGCCUCGUUAUAUAGUGUAUAUAUAUGUAUACAUAUACAUAUAUAUAAUAUAUAUGAAGACUGUAAAUGUUAAGACAACUAGUGUUCUUAUUAGUAUAUUGCUUCACACUGAAGAUUGUGUGUAUCGAGCUGUUUCUAAAAGAUGUUUAUUUUCCUUAAGAGUUAAAAAAAAAAAAACAGUCAUUGCAUUCAGAAAAAAAAAAAGUCAAUAAAGAUACCACGAUUGUUUUGGAA